CAGCAGGGGGCGCCUCUUCAAGCCUCUUGGAGCGCCGUCUCCUUACAGCUCCGGUUCGGUUCGGUGGAUGUAAACACAGGGACGCGCCUCCUCCAGACUGACACCGCUGGAGUCGACAUGAGCAAGCUGGAGCUGCUCGGCGCCUUUCUGAACGAGCGGCUGACGGCGGCCGCGGAGGAGAUCCUGGGCGCCGUGAAGGAGGCCGUGGAGGAGUACCAAAGCGAGAUCCUGCGCUCCCAGGAGGAAAACGAGCGGCUCAAAGGGCUCCUGCACGCGGCUGUGCAGCGGCUGCUGCUGCAGCCAGGUGAGCCAGGACCUCCUCCUGUCCCACUGCAAGAAGACAUUCAGGCGCGAGAUUCUGAAUGGAGGAGCAGGGAGGAUCUGGUGCUGCUGCACGUUAAAGAAGAACCCAAGCCCAGACACAUGCAAACAGACUUAGAACAAGAACUUGAAAAGACUCACUCAGAGGAGCAGAGUUUGCAUCCUGCUUCUGCACAGAGGGUCUCUCCUCCUCCACUGACCUCUAUGGAGCUGAAGAAGGAGGACUCUGAGGAGAACCGUGUGAAGCUCCAUGCAUCCAGCAGCUCCUCAUCUCCAGCGAAGGUUCCUCUGGACUGCAGCAGAGCAGCUCAGAUCGGCACUGGCCUCACCUCCACAAAGAGUCGCAGACCCCCAAAAACUGGCCCCCUGCUGAAGGGGCUGAAACCCAGUGUGCUCACAAUGCCCAUCAAGAACGGGAGGCCCCUAAAAUUGCCUCGCCCCUCUCAGCCGGGCCAGAGCAUCCAGAGGUGGCACAGCUGCAGUGAGUGCGGCAAGAGCUUCAGCUUUGCCUGCCAGCUGGAGGUCCACACGCGCUGGCACACCAAGGAGAAGCCGUACGGCUGUGGCGUGUGCAGGAAGAGCUUUACCACAGUCAGCAUGCUGAAGAGGCACCACCGCAUCCACACCGGCGAGAAGCCCUUCCGCUGCCACGUCUGCGGCAAGUGCUUCAACCAGUCCGCCCACCUCAACACCCACUUCAGACUGCACACUCGGGACAGAGCGGGCCGGGGCCGCCCGCCGCAGUGAGCUCUGAGCCCAUGAGAGCGCCCUUCUGUGGUCGUAUGAACAUUGGAACUCAGCAGACCUGCAGCUCUAGCAGGGUCCAGUUGUUGUGCACUGUGGCCAUAAGCGUGAGGCAUCAAUUCCAGAAAUGUGUGUGCACAUGCCGUCUUUCAGACCUACAUCUGUGCACUCAUACGCUUUUCCGAUGUAAAUACGUUUUUCUCCUCACCUGCACACUAAGCCCCGCCCAGUCAUCAAAAAUAAAAGGAUCCAGAUGCUC